AUGCAGAAAGUAAUGGACCUUGUUUGCUUUCUAUGUUUACCAGCAGAUGUUGGUUCUGGUAUGACGUGUUGUGAUUGGAAUUUAACCUUUGAUGAUCAUUCUCUGUGCUUAACUACAUCUACGGUGGAUACUUCUAAUUUGAUUUCUGGUCUCUACCUUCUUAUCAUCCGUUUGGUGGAAUUAUCAUAUCAAGGUCUUGUUAUUGUCUUUGUCUGUAUGCUUGUUCUUGAUCUAGAUCUAGAGCACAUGCUAAAUGUUAUACGCAAUGCAAGUAAAGGUUAUGGUGCGGGCGCCUCUUCUAGCAAGAGAAAGCAAUUAAUUUUCUUCCCUCCAUUUCGCGAUUCCUUUUCUGUUAUGAAUCCAUCUAAUCCAUACUACCUUCAUCCGAAUGAGAAUCCGUCUCUUGUACUUGUGUCCACUGUUCUCAAUGAGAAGAACUAUCAUUCUUGGGCUCGUGCCAUGAAAAUGGCAUUAUUAUCCAAAAAUAAAUAUAGAUUUGUUGAUGGAACUCUACCAGCACUGCCGAUUGCGGAUCCGAUGCGCGUUGCUUGGCAAAGAUGCAACACAACAGUUUCAUCCUGGAUUACAAGAUCCUUAUCUCUUUCCAUCACACAGAGUAUCAUAUGGAUUGAUUCAAUAGCUGAGAUCUGGAAAGAUCUUCAAGAAAGGUUUUCACAGGGAGACAUUUUCAGAAUUUCAGAUCUGCAGGAAGAAAUAUAUGCAUUCAAACAAGGUGAUCGUACUGUCACUGAAUAUUUUACAGAACUCAAGAUACUAUAUGAUGAGUUAAUGAAUUUCAGACCUAUACCUGUUUGCACAUGCAUUGAUCCUUGUGCUUGUGGUGCUGUGGCAAAAUUUACUACAUAUCAGAAAAAUGACUAUGCAAUUCGCUUCCUUAAAGGACUGAAUGACAGAUUCACUCAUGUUAGAUCUCAAAUCAUACUUAUAGAUCCUUUGCCUUCCAUAAAUAAAGUUUUCUCACUAGUUGUACAGCAAGAGAGACAAUUAGAUCUUGGUGAAAAUGUGAAGGUAUUUGUUAGUGCAAAGGCAUCAAAUCUUGAAGGAAACUCUCAAAGAGCAAUUAGCUUUAAUCAGUCACAGAACAGAAAUGCUUUCUACAGAAAUCCUUUUAGCAAUGCAAAGGUGUGCACCUACUGUGGAAAGCAGAGGCAUACUGUAGAUACAUGCUACAAGAAACACGGAUUCCCUCCUGGUUUUAAGUUUAGAAACUCAUCUAUCAAUCAUAUUGCAAUGCAUGAUGCUGCUAAAACAGAUGAAAGUGUACAAUCGUAUCAGAUGCCGGCAAUUGUAAGUUCUGGUGGAUCAUGUGCUCCAUUUACUCAAGAGCAAAUCCAGCAGUUAUUAGCUUUAAUUCAACCUUCAGAUUUAGCAGUUUCACACACCACUAACCAAGUCAGUACUAGUAAUGCUUCAGUCUCAAUUCCCACAGGUAAUUCAGUGUCACUGUCAUGUUUUUCCAAGUCUCAUUUUUGGCUCUUAGACACAGGGGCAACAGAUCAUAUUUGUUUUUCUCUAUCUCUUUUCUCUUCUUACAAAAGAAUUCACCCUAUUCAUGUCAAGUUACCAAAUGGUGAACAGCUAAUGUCACAUUUUUUAGGCACAAUUAGCAUCAAUGAUGAUCUCUGCCUCACAAAUGUCCUUUAUAUUCCUUCUUUCACUUUCAAUCUAAUCUCAGUCACUAAACUUACUACUGCUCUUAAUUGCUGCUUGGUGUUUGGCAACAAUUAUUGUUUCAUUCAGGCAAUAAAACCCUAG